AUGACUUCAACAAAUAAAUCUACCAAUCUUGAUGGGUGGAAUGAUCCACCAGCAAACCUCACACUCUCUGAUAAUAUAUCAACAAAACGUGUUCUACUCAAUAAACGCGUUCCGUUCACUAAUCAAGAUUUAUCGGCAACGAAUAAUCCGGCCAAUGUUUUAGUCGUCCCACCUCCAUCGACAACAGCAUCCGUAGCAGCAGCGACAGCAACUACGGAUAAUACCACUUCAACUACAACCGAAUUGUUAACUAUUGAGGCAAUGAAUGAAAUCUUUCAAACACAAAUUGAAAAACUAGAAAAAUCAUCAAAUAUCGAAAAAAAGAUUCUCGAAGAUAUUUCGAAAAAAUUUCAGGUAAUGCAAGACGAAUGGCAGCAGAACAAACUCUCUUCGAACACUAAGCAAACGUUAUCAAACAUAUUUCAAGAACUUGGUUCAAAUAAUGUACAAGAGGCUUUCGAUCUGCAUGUUCUUCUCGUUCGAAAUUCCAGUUCAGAAGUCGUACGAUUUAUUGUUGGAAUUAAACGAUUGAUUCAAGAAUUACAGCGAUUACCAAAAUAG